AUAUCAACGGCCUGGAUCUAUUCUCAAUUUCUCAUAAUUAAAUAAUGCCCCCUCUUCGCAACAAAAUUAACCACAUACCCCAAUUCCCGCGUCGUAUUAUAAAUUAUUAAUUAUUAUUCGUCCCCAUACUCUAUAUAAAUAGUAAUUCCCCCACAAAAGUAUUAAUGUAGAUAGAUGCUCACUCCAAACAUCAUAUUCCCAACACAGUAGUUCUCCUCCAAGAAAAGCAUCUCUCUCUCUCUCUCUCUCUCUCUCUCUCUCUCUCUCUCUCUCUCUCUCUCUCUCUAAAAAAAACACACAGACACACAGUAAAAGAAAUGGAGAUGUUGGAGAACAUUGGAGAUGAAUACAAGAACUAUUGGGAAACAAAUAUGUUUCUUCAGUCCGAGGAACUUGAUGCCUACUCUCACAGUUAUAUAGAGGAGGCGAUAUCCGGUGGAUAUUACGACUCGAGCUCGCCGGAUGGAACGACGCAGUCGAAAAACAUAGUCUCCGAAAGAAACAGAAGAAAAAAACUCAAUCAAAGACUCUAUGCACUUAGAUCAGUUGUCCCUAAUAUCACCAAGAUGGACAAAGCAUCAAUAAUAAAAGAUGCAAUUGAGUACAUAAAAACGCUGCAAGAACAAGAAAAACGAAUGCAGGCGGAAAUAUCGGAGUUGGAAUCAGGGAGACCAUCGAAUACAUUUAUAAAUUACGACAAACACGACGAAGCCGAAGCGACGGCAUUAAUUUGUUCUAAGGCAAAGAGAACAAGAAGAGUAUUGGAUGAUGAUUGUGCAUGGAGGUCUCCUAUCGAAGUUCUUGAGUUAAGGGUAUCAAGCAUGGGAGAGAAAACAAUAGUGGUAAGCAUAACAUGCAGUAAAAGAAGAGAUACAAUGGUGAAGUUGUGUGAGGUUUUUGAAUCUAUGAACCUCAAAAUUAUAACUGCAAAUAUCACUGCUUUUUCUGGAAGACUUUUGAAGACUGUUUUUCUUGAGGCAGAUGAAGAGGAGAAAGAAGUACUAAGAUCAAAGAUAGAAGCUGCCAUAGCAGCUCUGAAUAAUCCAGACAGCCCCAUGAGCAUAUAAUCACCUCACUUCAAUAAGAAGAUCUUUUCUCUUAUAUUUCACCUUUUUGUGUGUGUAUGUGUGUUUUUUUUUCUUGAAGUGAUUAAUUAGCCUGCAUAAUAUAGGUUUAGCUUGUUUAGAAGAUUUUCCCCUAAUAAAUGGAGCAAUUUCUUCUCAA